AUGGCAGCAUCCACAUCCUCAUCGAUACAGCUUCGUUCGGCGCCGCUGCCUCUCACGCAGUAUCACCUGCUGGAGAUCCCAAGCGAGCUCGUGCACCUCUUUGACCCACCAGCCCAGCCUAGCGACGAACCGCCGUCCAAAAAGCGCCGCCAGGAUCCAAGCAGGCUCACCAUCAAAGGUAGAUACGAUGACCAGGCCGUGCUCACCACCAAAUCACAGACGCUGGCGCUGCGUGCCGUAUCGCAGUCCAACUCGCUGCUGCUGUGCAGCAUCGACACCGACGGCAUUUCUUCAGCCGCCUCUCUCGAGCCCGAGUCGACCGUUUCGGUUUUGCGCUUGCGCAGCAAUGUCACCGACACGCUCGAGCUCUCGCCCGUGGUACCCCGACUCGACCGGCUCGUUGGUCUCCUCAAGGCCUCGCAGUACCAAGGCGAAGAGGAGGAAGACCGACGUGCUACCAAGGCAGCGAGGCCGGUGCGCAAAUACACGCCCAAGCAGCUGAGAAGCAUUGUGCAAGCGAGCCCUGCCGAGCUCGACGCGGGCCUCAUCCAGCAUCACAUCAUCGAGAUGGACGGAUACAUGCGCCACAUCUCGCCCACCUGGACCGUGUCGGCGCUGCAGUUGCUCAUCUCGCACCUCGACCUGCAUGCGCUUAUUCCCGAUCAGGUGCCGCUCAACGAAACCGUCGAGGCGCUCCAAGCGAUGCACGGCCUGCGGCCGCAGGUGGUCACUGCGCUGCUCACCCAGUUCUUUGGCUGCGUCAACGAGCGCGACGACGCGAUAGCAUCGAGCGCAGCAGACGCCACCGCCACCAUCACAGUCAAGCUGGAUGUCAAGGCCAUCGUCCAUUUUCUGGGCGUCGAGACGCUCAAGGCGAGCGCACGCAUCGGGCUGCCGCUAGCAGACUUCCAGCGCACCUGGACGCAGUCCUGUCUUUCGUCCGACUUUGAGGCGCUCGCGCAGCUCGAGCUGCUUUCGGGCUACUACCUGCUAUCGCCCGCACCUUCUCCGAGCGUGUCGCUCUACCCGAAUCCGGCGUCGGUGCAGAUCCAAUUCUACUCGCACCACGAGCUGCCAACCGAGCCGGCGGCGCGCUUCCAGGAUCUCUUCCUAACGCGCGCCGCCUGGAUCGCCUCGGACCUGCUGCCGUUCAUCAGCGAGCUGGCGCUCAACGACAAGAAGAAGGACAGCCUGCUGCUCAAGUUCACGCGAGCGAGCAAGGCCAAGGUGCUCGACUGGGAGUUGAGCGACGCAGAAAAGAGGGCAUGGAACAAGGACAAGAAGGUCAUCGGCACCGACGGCAAGCCCAAGAAGGUGUGGAGAGACGUGGUCAUGUACUCGGCGCGAGUCAAGUACUGA